AUGGUCUCCGACGCAACAGCCACAGGCGCGCAGCCAACCCUCCCUGAGCUCGGCGACCCAAACAUCUCCUGGCCGAUCGAACGUAACACACGCCAACCACAAGAAUGGCACCCCUCAUUCCCUAACAAGCGCCGCUCCAGCUCGCCCUCCUCCGCCUCCUCCGCCGAGUUCUCUACAGCCAACGCUGCAAUCUACCCCAACGGCACGAAAGCGCUAUCCGGCAUCUCACUACGCGCAUUUCUCCUCGGAACGACCUUCGGUCUCAGCAGCACCGCCGUCCUCCUGACAACAACGCUCUUCCCGACCCCGCUCUGGCGCGCCCCGUUCUUCAUCGCUGCCCUGAGCCUCUUCCACUUCCUCGAGUUCUACGUCACCGCGCGCUACAACACCCAAGCCGCAACCGUCUCCGCCUUCCUCCUUUCCUCGAACGGGUGGGCGUACAAUGUCGCGCACGGCUCCGCUCUCCUCGAGUGUCUCGUCACGCAGUAUUUCUGGCCCGGCGAUACGCGGUUCGGGCGCUGGAUGUCCGUCACCGAGCCCAUUAGCGGCUCGGCCGUGUCAGUGCUCUUACUGCUCGGAGUGGUCCUGACGGCCGUGGGACAGAUCGUGCGGACGCUAGCGAUGGCGCAGGCAGCGAGUAACUUCAACCACCAUGUGCAGAGCGAGCGGAAGGAGGGACAUGUGCUUGUUACGCAGGGCGUGUAUAGUGUUCUGCGGCAUCCGAGCUACUUCGGGUUCUUCUGGUGGGGGCUCGGGACGCAGCUGGUUCUGGGGAAUGUGGUUUGUUUCGUGGGGUAUGCAUUUGUGUUGUGGAAAUUCUUUGCUACGCGGAUUAAGCGCGAGGAAGCCUUCUUAGUUCGCUUCUUUGGGGCGGACUACGUUCAGUACAGGCAGGCGACUCCGGUGGGCAUUCCCGGGAUCCGCUGA